AUGUCGUUUGCCAAAGAAUUAAGAAUUGCUCAGCUGGCUGUCGAGAGAGCCUGUAAGCUCACGAAAUUGGUCGCGGACUCGCACCAGACUGGAAGCGUGUCCAAGAGCGACCAUUCACCUGUUACCGUUGCGGAUUUUGGUGCCCAGGCAGUCAUUAUCGGCGCCCUGCAGAAAGUCUUCACCGAGGAUCCUGUCGUCGGCGAGGAGGACUCGUCGAUUCUCCGUGGAGAUUCAGCGCUUCGCGAGAGAGUCUGGUCGCUAGUCCAAGAGAGCUCUGCUGCGGACUCUUAUGCUUCCGAAAUUGGCGUCAUUGACAAUGAAGAGAAGAUGCUUGAGUAUAUUGACUGGGGAAAGUUCGAAGGAGGAUCAGUUCCCCGCAUGUGGGCCGUGGACCCGGUCGAUGGUACAAAGGGAUUUCUGAGAGGCGGCCAGUUCGCUGUUUGCCUUGCUCUGAUUGUUGAUGGGAAGGUUGUUGUCGGAGUCAUUGGAUGUCCUAAUUUGCUGGUCGACCCCACCGACGCAAGCAAAGGAACUGGAGUCAUUUUUUCGACCGCCAAGGGCGAGGGCGCUUACUGCCACGCAAUUGGCUCGCCGAUAUCGUCGGCUACCAAGAUCAGCAUGGCUGAAAUCCAAGACACGAGCUCGGCUUCAUUCUGCGAGAGUGUUGAGGCCGGACACAGCUCUCAUGGCCAGCAGGCUUCGAUCGCAAAGCUACUCGGAAUCAGCAAGCCAUCCGUGCGUAUGGACUCGCAGGCGAAAUAUGCCAGCAUCGCUCGUGGAGAUGGAGAUAUCUACUUGCGUCUUCCCGUUAGCGCUACUUAUGAGGAGAAGAUUUGGGACCACGCGUCUGGGGAUCUACUUGUCGCCGAGGCAGGUGGAGUUGUGACUGAUAUGUUCGGCAAGCCACUUGACUUUACAAAAGGACGUACUCUGAAGGACAACAAGGGAAUUGUAGCUGCUUCUAAGAACAUUCACGCCCAGGUUCUGGAGGCAGUACAGAAGGUGCUUGCGAGCAGCGACUAA